AUGGCCCCGGCUGCUGCUAUGACUUCUUUGCCACUCGGUGUCAAAGUGGAGGACUCCGCCUUCGGCAAGCCUGCAGGGGGAGGCGCUGGUCAAGCCCCCAGCGCUGCUGCGGCCACGGCGAGCACCAUGGGCACAGAUGAGGAGGGGGCUAAGCCCAAAGUGCCCGCUUCUCUUCUACCCUUCAGCGUGGAGGCCCUCAUGGCUGAUCACAGGAAGCCCGGGGCCAAGGAGAGCGUCCUGGUGGCCUCCGAGGGGGCUCAGGCAGCGGGUGGCUCUUUGCAGCAUUUGGGUACCCGACCCGGGUCUCUGGGCGCCCCAGAUGCGCCCUCCUCGCCGCGACCUCUAGGCCAUUUCUCAGUCGGGGGACUCCUCAAGCUGCCAGAAGAUGCUCUGGUGAAGGCCGAGAGCCCCGAGAAGCCAGACCGAACCCCGUGGAUGCAGAGUCCCCGCUUCUCCCCGCCCCCAGCCAGGAGACUGAGUCCCCCGGCCUGCACCCUACGCAAGCACAAAACCAACCGCAAGCCGAGGACGCCCUUCACCACCGCGCAGCUACUGGCUCUGGAGCGCAAGUUCCGCCAGAAGCAGUAUCUGUCCAUCGCCGAGCGCGCCGAGUUCUCCAGUUCGCUCAGCCUCACCGAGACGCAGGUGAAGAUCUGGUUCCAGAACCGCCGCGCCAAGGCCAAGAGACUGCAGGAGGCUGAGCUGGAGAAGCUGAAGAUGGCCGCGAAGCCCAUGCUGCCGCCCGCUGCCUUCGGCCUCUCCUUUCCUCUCGGCGGCCCUGCUGCGGUAGCCGCGGCUGCGGGCGCCUCACUCUACAGCGCCUCUGGCCCCUUCCAGCGCGCUGCGCUGCCCGUGGCGCCCGUGGGACUCUACACGGCCCAUGUAGGCUACAGCAUGUACCACCUGACAUAGGAGGGUCCAGAGUCGCCUCUCUGUGGUGCCACUAGUCCCCUCUCCCCCUCCCCCCAUGCCACCUCUUUUAGCAGCUGGAGUCCUUCCUUGGUAACUCCGCUGCCCAACAACGUCUGGUUCCUUCUCUUAAAACCCCUGCUACAGUUCCUCCAAUUCCUUCCUACAGUUUCUCCAAGUCUGAUCCCAUCUGGGGGGAAAGUGGCUGGAAGGGUCUUGAUUCUUCGAGAGAAUCUAGAUUUACACCCACGAGUUAUAGAUGUGGAAAUUAAGGGCAUGGAGGCCAAGAGAUUUAUCCGUGGUCCCCAGCAGAAUUAGAGGUUGAAGGAGACUAGAGGCCAAAAGGACUAGAGGCCAUGACUCCGACUGCUUCCGGUCCUGGAACCAGGCAGGACUUGCGCAGAGAAAUUGCUGUUUGGUGCUUCGGGAAAUGAACAUAGUCCUAUAGGAAGCAAGGAGCCCAGCUCCUUCCACUGUCAAACUCCAAGAGCUUUAGCAGCAAAGCGUUGCUCUGAGCGGGCAGGGCACU